GUCAGCGACAGCGUGCGAGGAGGGGGAGUCAGUUGCUUCAGAAUAUGUAUGCUGUCAGCAUCGUCGCGUGGAUUCUUCUCCGCAUCAGCUGUGUGUUAUGCCAGCGUCCUUUAGCCGAUGAAAACACCAUACCAAGAUUUGAACCUACGCUUGUUUACAAAUGGGUGACGAUGGAUUAUAUACGGCCCAGUAACAUGUCGGAGCAUCGGUUCCGAAUGACCUACCCCUACGACUACAGAAACACCAUACUCGGUGGGCUCAAUGUGUACAAAGGCGACAUUUAUGUGACAGUUCCUCGUAUAAAUCGCGGAGUCUCGGCAACUUUAAACCGGGUUGUUGAAAAAGACGGAGCCCCGUUUCUCGAAUCGUUUCCGAACUGGGAAUGGCAGACACUUGCGGACUGCGAGGCAUUACAGACGGUGAACAACAUAGAAAUCGACCCCGUGAAAGGAUGGAUGUGGAUAAUUGACACUGGAAGAGUGAAUACCUUUUGGGGUGGAGUGAGAAACUUGUGUCAGCCUAAACUUAUUGUUUAUGACAUUGACAAACGAGAAGUCGUCACUCGUUAUGUAUUUCCAACAGAAGUGGCGUCAAUUACUGGUUCCUUUCUCUCCGACAUUGUCAUUGACCCGGAAGCUGGAUAUGCAUAUAUUUCCGACAUGCUUAAACAGAAGGUGAUCUUCUACAGCAUGAACGACAACUACUCCAUCGCGGUGGGACACCCGUUAUUCGCGUUCGAACUUGGCAAUAAAACAAUCACCAUUGAUGAUCGUACUAUGAUACUGGCAAAUGUAUCUGCAAAUAUCGACGGAAUCGCAUUGUCACCGAGAAGGGACUAUAUUGUUUUUUCGCAUCUUGGAGGGAAGGGACUGUAUAGGUUAAGAACGGCGUUCUUCAGAAAACUCCUAAAAGACCCCUCGUAUGUAUCCAAACUGGAUGAGUAUAUUAUGAGAGUAGGAUUCAAGCCGUCACAGUCUCGGGGCAUGGUGUUGGGCCACAACAACUUGUAUUAUGGCGCUCAAGGCCUGGGUGCCGUGUAUAGUUGGGAGAUCUCCGAUCUACUGAGUUACCCCGAUGUGACUGAAAAGACAGUAGGAAAUAUUCCACAGACAAGGACAGUAGCUGACGAAAGAAUCAAGUGGGUCGACACCGUUACCUUGGAUACAGAAGGAGUUUUGUGGAUUACGUCAUCAAAUCUUGUGCGGUAUUUUCUUGAUGUCAUGGAUUACCAUCACACCUAUAACUACUACAUUUGGAAAGUCGACGUUAAGGAAAACAGUUAUUUAAAGAAAAAGACAUCGCCUCUGCCAACAACUACAACAACGACUACGACGACGACGACGACGACAACAACAACAACAGCUGCUGCACCAGUGAAUGAUAACAAUGCUGCAUCGAGAGCUGUGUGGAUGGUGCUUCAUGUGUUCAGUGUUUGUCUCGCGUUAAUUGCUACUUAACAUGCCUUCCUCCGUCUGCCAUACAAGAAUGAAGUUUGAUUUUCUAAAAGAUAUUUUUUUGUUACUGCCUCUAUGAUUGUAUGUUGAUUUACACUGAUGUCAGCUAUUUUACCCUGCAGUAACUAUUCGAGUGUGGACCAAGUAGUGGCUCAUAGCCAGAGGCCUUACGUUAUUUGUCAUGAGGAUACUGAAGGCACAUACGCAGAAUCUAAAAAAAUACGUUUGUGCAGAAAAUUUGAAGGGCACUACAGGUGGAAGCACACACGAGACUGACUUCAGGACGAACUCAGGCAACACGCGUCUGAAUCCUACGGGUCCUUUACUGGUGCUUGGAUACUGUUUUGUCAGCUGAAGUUUCUAUUUCUUGAUAUGUUGCACAAAUACAGUGUUCGAUAUGCACGGUUUACAGUGGAAAUGCACAUAUAUACAAUACAGACUGCUAAACACACACACGCACGUACGCACGCACGCACGCAUGCACACAGACGCGGGUUGAUGUGCAACCGUUUCCCGACCACUGUAGAUAGGAAUUCGUGAUAUUAUACCAGAGCUAGUUUAUUCAGCAAAUAUACUCAUGCCAAUAAUGGUUGUCACCCCCUUCAAUUUUUUUAAUUGGAGAGGGGG